CCCUCUCUCCUUUCUUUCCCUCUGUCUCUGUUUUUAUCCCUCUUUUCUUCUUCUUGUUAAUCCAUGGCCCGGGAGCAGCUGGCGAUUGAGGAAGAGACACCACAAGCUGCUGCAGCCGACAACAACGGUGUAGCAUUUCAUGACGCUGGGGCCUCCAACAAAUCCAAGGUCACGGUUGUGGGCAGUGGCAAUUGGGGUAGCGUUGCAGCCAAGCUCAUUGCCUCCAACGCCCUCAAGCUCCCUUCUUUCCACGAUGAAGUGAGGAUGUGGGUUUUCGAGGAGACAUUGUCUAACGGUGAAAAACUAUCAGAGGUCAUCAACCAAACCAAUGAGAAUGUUAAAUAUCUUCCUGGGGUAAAGCUUGGCAAAAAUGUUGUGGCAGACCCUGACCUUGAACACGCAGUAAGAGAUGCAAACAUGUUAGUAUUUGUGACUCCUCAUCAGUUCAUGGAGGGCAUAUGCAAAAGGCUAGUUGGGAAGAUUAAAAAGGAAGCUGAGGCGAUUUCACUGAUCAAAGGAAUGGAAGUCAAGAUGGAAGGUCCCUGCAUGAUCUCUACCCUCAUCUCCGAAAAGCUUGGAAUCAAUUGUUGUGUACUAAUGGGGGCAAAUAUUGCUAACGAGAUUGCAGAGGAGAAGUUCAGUGAGGCUACAGUUGGAUACAGAGGAAACAAAGAAAUUGCAGACAGAUGGGUUCAGCUCUUCAACCAUCCUUACUUUAUCGUCUCAGCAGUUCAAGAUGUAGAAGGAGUUGAACUGUGUGGAACCCUUAAAAAUGUCGUCGCAAUAGCAGCAGGAUUUGUGGACGGUUUAGAGAUGGGAAACAAUACAAAGGCUGCGAUAAUGAGAAUUGGCUUGAGAGAAAUGAAGGCCUUCUCCAAGUUACUAUUCUCGUCUGUUAACGACAGUACAUUUUUUGAGAGCUGUGGUGUGGCAGACAUCAUAACCACUUGCUUAGGUGGAAGGAAUAGGAAAUGUGCUGAGGCUUUUGCUAGACAUGGCGGGAAAAGGACUUUUGACGAGCUUGAAGCUGAGAUGUUACAGGGUCAAAAACUACAGGGCGUCUCAACAGCAAAAGAGGUUUACGAGGUAUUGAGGCACCGGGGAUGGUUAGAGUUAUUCCCACUUUUCACGACCGUGCACGAGAUUUGCAGUGGCCGCCUCCCACCAUCAGCCAUAGUCGAGACAGUGAAGUGACUGUGACGCCCAAAUUUUCUCCUUGUGGAAGGCUCUGCUCGAUUUUACAGAGUCUCCAUUAGUUGAAGACAAAAACUGCCAAGUUUAGAUCCUCUUGAAGUUGUAUACUUCUAUCAUAUG